AAUACAGUACAAAACAAUUGGGUACUUACUCUAAUCUUAAGUAAAGUCCAGGAGGAUUGGGUUUGGUUGAAAUUCCCAGAUGAAAUCAAUUACUCUUAACCAAAUUUAAUGUAAUUAAACUCUUUUCUUCUUUGAUCUCAAUUCAACGGCAACGGGGCGUUUAGUUUUCCAACUUCUUAUUACUAUUUAAUAUAUGAUAUAUACGAACUAGGUUUUUAGAUCAAAGACCAAAAAUUUGGGUACCAAAACCAAAAUGGAUGGUAUAAUGAGCAAGCUCCGGAAUUUGGAUGCUUAUCCCAAGAUCAAUGAAGAUUUCUACAGUCGUACCCUCUCCGGUGGCGUUAUCACCAUCGCCUCCUCCAUUGUCAUGCUCUUGCUCUUCCUCUCCGAGAUCCGGUUAUAUCUACAUGCAGUUACUGAAACAAAGCUUGUAGUGGAUACUUCAAGAGGAGAGACCCUGCGUAUCAAUUUUGAUGUCACCUUCCCCGCCCUUCCUUGUUCCAUACUCAGUCUUGAUGCCAUGGACAUAAGUGGAGAGCAACACCUGGAUGUAAAACAUGACGUAAUCAAGAAGAGGCUAGAUUCUCAUGGCAAUGUAAUAGAAACUAGACAGGAUGGAAUUGGUGCCCCGAAGAUUGAUAAGCCAUUACAAAGACAUGGUGGCAGACUUGAGCAUAAUGAGACAUACUGUGGUUCUUGCUAUGGUGCAGAAGCGUCAGAUGAAGAUUGUUGUAAUAAUUGUGAAGAAGUCCGUGAAGCAUACCGGAAGAAAGGUUGGGCAUUGUCAAAUCCAGAUAUGAUUGAUCAGUGCAAAAGAGAAGGUUUCCUGCAAAGAAUCAAAGAUGAAGAAGGUGAAGGGUGUAAUGUAUAUGGAUUCUUGGAAGUUAAUAAGGUAGCUGGGAAUUUUCAUUUUGCACCUGGGAAAAGUUUCCAACAAUCAAAUAUUCACGUCCAUGAUCUUCUGUCGUUUCAGAAAGAUAGUUUCAAUAUAAGUCACAAAAUCAAUAGAUUGGCUUUUGGGGACUAUUUUCCUGGUGUUGUGAAUCCUCUUGAUGGUGUGCAGUGGACGCAGCAAACACCUAGUGGGAUGUAUCAGUAUUUUAUCAAGGUUGUACCUACUGUUUACACAGAUGUGACUGGACAUGCUAUUCAGUCGAAUCAGUUUUCUGUAACUGAGCAUUUUAGGACUUCAGAAUUUGGAAACCUUCAAUUUCUUCCUGGUGUAUUUUUCUUUUAUGAUCUUUCUCCAAUCAAGGUAACUUUUGCUGAGGAGCAUAUAUCAUUCUUACACUUCCUCACUAAUGUGUGCGCUAUAGUUGGAGGUGUUUUCACGGUUUCGGGUAUCCUAGAUUCUUUUAUAUAUCAUGGCCAGAAGGCAAUCAAGAAGAAGAUGGAAAUCGGUAAAUUUAGUUGAUUGCUUAUGGGGUGGGGGGGCACACAUUGCUGCCGAGUUUGUUGGUUCUGCCUUUCAGUGGCUUUUAGGACACCAAAAAAAAGAAAUGGAUGGUAUCUUUUGAUCACGAACUAAAAUUUUGUCAUGAUGUUUGUCUGUUCUCUGAAUUGGGCUAACAUUCUUGAUAAAGAUUUAAACGUGCGUAAGCUGUUCAGUUCGCUUAACUACUAAUGUGAACACCUGUGUGCUAGUUAUAGGAGUUUUUUCUUUUUGUUGCUGAUGGAUUUAUACAAUUAAUGUUUGGAUAUCAUGUAAAAUUACAUAUCUAAAUGAACAUUGCUCAUUCGCGCACUA